GAAUGGCAGUACGCCCACACCAGCGCCCACGGACACGCCCACACCCUCCCAGUAAGAAGAGGGGAGGGAAGGAGAGAGAGAGAGUGUGAAAGAGAGAGAAAGUGAGAGAGAAAUAACCUAAACAUUCACAUCUCUCUUUCUCUCACACCUGUUGGCGAACCCCCCCCUCCCCCUUCGCACAGGUGGAGGUGGCGGUGGUGGUGGUGGUGGUGGAGCGGCGCCCCCCCUCCCCAUACCUCUAAUAUAAGGCUGGUCCACCCUCCACCCACCCACCCCCCUCCGACCACUCCUUCAGGAAACCACAAUUAUGAGAAGAACAUCAUUACCUGCCAUAUCUGUCCAGCGCCCGGCAUCCUCACAGUCAUGCGGGGCAGCGUUACCAACCAGCGUGGACGGGGCACUUCUCUCCGAAGCACACGGUUUAGUGGCUGACAUGCUACAAGACCCCCACCUCCCCCCCGCUGUGGUGACGGGGCUGCAGGCGCUCUACCUCCUCCUCACCCCCACCACGCACCCCGCCCCGUCACCCAGAGGCCCCCGCCCCGCCCCGUAUUUCCACCUAUCACAGGACGCAUACCACUCCAGCUCUGAUACGGAAGAAAGUCCUUAUACGGGGGAGCGCCCAGCGGUACACAGGCGGAGCGGGCGGCGAAGUGUGGCUCCAAGUUUGUUGAGGCGUAUGAGCACUUCUACAUGGACCACCACCACCACCGCCACGGGAAUGCCAACUCUGGAGCCCACCCCCUGCAGGAAGAGAGCCUCCUCCUUCAGGGCAGUUGUAGCAGAUGUGACCCCGUGUGGCAGCCCGACCCACUCCUGCUGCCUGGACCUGCCGCGGGAGGGAGCGAAGAGCAGGUCGUUCUCCACCACUGCCCUUUACUCCGAAACUAAGCGAGUUACAGGCAGAGAGAGACAGACAGUGUGUUCCUUGCAUCCCUUAGGAGACCAGGAUGUGACGCACCUGGAUAGGGUCGCUAGGGGCCUGCAUGACUCCAAGGGCGGCUCAGGGGCGUACUCCGACCGCCUGACACGCCUGCAGAAGAUGCCAAGCCACCAUUUAUGCGAGGGGCUCUGUGACGAGUGCUCGAAAGAAGUCACUAUUGAAAAACAAACAGAAAUUUGCGACUGCCAGUUUGACGGUGUUGAAAAGCCACAAACAGUGCAGACUUUGACCAAAUCAUUGACCCAGGCUGGUCCGGGGUCAACGGGGUCAUCAGGGUCAGCGGUACAAGGUCACAUCGUCCCAGGUCACGCCCAAAAACGUGUCCCAACCUCGGACUAUGAAAGUUCUGAUUCGCCAAGUUCGGUGGACACGAGCGAGGAGGCGAUAGGGAGGGCGACCCGGCUGGCGGAGGUGACGGCCCCAGCGGCGGUGGUGGAGGUGGAGGAGGAGGCUGAGGUCAACGAGGGUCAGGUCACGGCGCCAACAGUACCCAAUGAUGAGGCCACGAUAGGGUUACCUGAUGGCACAGUGUAUCAUUUAGAGGACAUGCAAGAUCACCCACUACUAAAUAGGAUCUCCGAAUGGGAUUAUCCUGUGUUCUCCUUGCUAGAGAGUGCUGGGUCUCUUAUUCUUAGUAAGCUGAGUUACCGAGUGUUCUUUGAAGUGGGUUUGUUUGAGACCUUCAAAAUCUCCCAGGCUGAAUUUCUAAACUAUUUCCAUGCCCUUGAACUGGGCUACAGAAAUAUACCAUACCACAAUGCGACCCAUGCUUCAGACGUCCUCCACGCUGUCUACUACCUCACUUCCCAGCCCAUCCCAGGCUUCAUUAUGCUUCCACCUGAGCCAGACUCACCUGCUCUCCACAACCUGGCCGAUGGUGAGGUAUGCAGUUCCCCUCGUUUGGUUCACCGUCAAAGCUUCACAGCGGAGGACACUUACGGCAUCCUGGGAGCCAAUUUCCCCGCCCUGGAGCUGAUGGCACUGUACACCGCGGCUGCCAUGCAUGAUUAUGACCACCCGGGACGCACCAACGCCUUCCUUGUCACCACCCAUGCCCCACAGGCUGUGCUGUACAAUGACCGCAGUGUGCUAGAGAACCACCACGCUGCCGCUGCCUGGUCUCUGUUCCUCUCCCAGCCAGAGUACAACUUCUUGGCUCACCUGGACAGGGCUGAGUUCAAACGCUUCAGGUUCUUGGUUAUUGAGGCGAUACUGGCCACCGACCUUAAGAGGCACUUCGAGAUACUGGCUGAGUUCAAUGCUAAGUCUAACGAGCCUGACGCACCUGGGCUGGACUGGUCUGCGGAAACGGACCGCCUGCUGGCUCUACAGAUGUGCAUUAAACUUGCGGACAUCAAUGGACCAUGCAAGGCCCUCGACAUACACACACAGUGGACCAAAAGGAUCGCUGAGGAGUUUUACGAGCAAGGUGACGAAGAGAGCUCGUUAGGGUUACCUGUGUCUCCUUACAUGGAUCGAAAAUGCCCACAACUUUCAAAACUCCAAGAAUCUUUUAUCAAUCAUCUUGUGGCUCCACUUUGCAAUGCCUACGGAGAAGCUGGUCUUAUGCCUGGUGUCUGGCUGGAGGAGGAGGAGGAGGAGGAGGAGGAGGAGGAGGAAGAGGAGGAGGAGGAGAAGGAGGAAGAGGGCAGUGUGUCAUCGGAGGAGGACGAAAGGCUGGCGUCCUCGGAAGAUUUUUUGUCUUCAAACACAACAUCUUCAGGAAAAUCACCAGUUUUGGGUGGCGAAGAUUAAGGAGGAACAACGGCAGGAAGAAAACGAAGAGAGAGAGGGGGGGAUGACUAGCCCAGACCACCCCCCUAAGGAAGAGAGGGGGGUGGAUGGGGGGAAAGACAAAGGGGGGGUCCAGGCUACCUCCCCAUGAGCUAGGGUCCUAUGCCCCCCCUCCUCCACCCCCCAUGGUUCUACCCCUUAAUGGAGAGGAACAAAUGGAACCUAUUGAGGAAGAGAGGACGCCAGCUUCCAUUACCUCCUCCCGCAGCUUCAGUUUUGAAAAGGAAGACUCGAAACUUUGAUGCCCGGCUUGUGUUAUAUUGUAAACACUGCUUAAGGUCACCCUGAGGUCAAACAAGGUCAACCAAGGUCACACAAGGUCAAGCAAGGUCACACAAGGUCAAGCAAGGUCAAAGCAAGCUCAAGGAAGUUCACUCAAGGUCAAGCAAGGUUAAAACAAGCUCAAACAAGGUCAAGAAAUGUCAAGGAAGGUCAAGAGAGGCCAAAACAAGGUCAAAAAGAUAAAACAAUGUCAAGAAAGGUCAAAUAAGGU